AUGUCGUCGACGCGGUGGAUUAGUGAGACUGUGGAAGGUUCUCAUGAGUUCAACAUUGAAGGAUAUUCUCUAGCAAAGGGAUCACAAGGAGUUGGUAAAUCCAUGACCAGCGGCAGAUUCAGUGUGUGUGGACAUGACUGGGUUAUUGUUGUUUAUCUAGACGGAAAUACUCAAACUUGCAAGGAUUACAUAUCCGUGUUCGUUAAGUUAGUUAGCCCUACAAAAGUCAGGGCAGCGCAUGAAUUUAAAUUACUGGACAAAACCGGAAAAGGGGAACAUGGUGCUCAUUACACGGCUACAUCUCCAAGAACGUUUAAUACAACAGAAAAUUCAUGGGGAUACAAGGAGUAUAUGAAGAGGUCGGAGUUGGAGACCUCAAGUUAUCUCAAGGGCGAUUGUGUUACCAUUCAUUGUACAAUGAGGGUAGUUCAAACUCGUGUUGAAGAGGGGAAACAUUAUGUUAUUCCUAUACCUCCAUCAAAUAUGAGUCAGAACUUCAAGGGCUUGCUGGAAUCUGAAUUUGGUUCUGAUAUUACUAUCCAGGUUUGCAAUGAAUCCUUCAAAGCCCAUAAGUCGAUUCUUGCGGCUCGAUCUCCUGUAUUUAAAGCAAUGUUUUUCGGAGUAGUGGGUAAUCCAAACAUGGAAACAGUAUCCAUUAAAGAGGUUGAUCCCUUUGUCUUUAAGGCAAUGCUGCUGUUUUUGUACUCAGAUGAAUUUCCUGAAACACGUGAACUAUCUAAUGCGGAUUCUCCUUGCACUUCAACUUCAAUCUUGCAUCAUCUGUUAGCUGCAGCAGAUCGCUAUGAUCUUGCCCGAUUGAAACUCAUGUGUGAGGAAAAAUUAUGUGAAAAAAUAACUGCAGACACUGUGGCAACAACACUGGCCCUAGCUGACCAACACCAAUGCCUGCAACUGAAAACUGUUUGUCUAAACUUUGCAGCUAAACCCAAAAACUUGGGAGAGGUUAUGAAGUCUGAUGGGUAUGCAUAUUUAGAGAAGUCGUGUCCAUCACUAUUGACAGAUCUGUUGAAGAUUAGUGCAGCUGUUGAUAAAUAA